AUGAUAGAUAUAGAACAGAAAAUAGAGUUGCAGAAAUGUAACUUAGAAGUCAAAAUGAACGAAGACAGGAGAAACACAGAAAAAAUAUUGGACGAUAUGCAACAAAAUAUCCAAAUACAUAGUAAUCAAAUAAGAAAUGUGGAACAAAGAAUAGAUGAUAUUUCACACAUGAGAGACAUAGGGAGACCUUACUUAAAUUUAACAAAUGACACUGGGAUUAAAUUCUCUGGUAAUAUCAAAAAUUUGCAUCCUAGAGUUUACAUAAAUAGUUUAAAACAUAAAUUAAGAUUAGUGAAUAAUAUUAAUGAUAUUAAAGAUUAUAUUAGAAUGACAUUAAGUGAUAAUGCGGCAACUUGGUUUGCCGGUGUUGAGAAUGAUUUGGACAAUUUUUAA